AUGGGGGCUGCAGCCAGGGUCCUCCCCUCCCUGCUGCUGGGGCUGCUGCUCACAUCCUCCCCGGGGGCCCUGGGGGCCAACCCGGGCCUGGUCGCCAGGAUCACCGACCGGGGCCUGCAGUAUGUGGCCAAGGAGGGGCUGGUGGCCCUGCAGCGCAAGCUGCACAGCAUCGAGCUGCCCGACUUCACUGGGGACUUCAAGAUCAAGCAUGUUGGACGUGGGCACUACGAGUUCCACAGCCUGAACAUCCAUAGCUGUGAGCUGCUAAGCUCUGCUUUGACACCCCUUCCUGGCCAGGGCCUGAGCCUGUCCAUCUCCGACUCCUCCAUCCGGGUCCAGGGCAAGUGGAAGGUGCGCAAGUCAUUCGUGAGGCUACGCGGCUCCUUUGACGUGAACGUCAAGGGUAUCACCAUUUCCGUCAACCUGGUCCUGGGCAGCGAGCCCUCGGGGAGGCCCACGGUCACCGCCUCCAGCUGCAGCACCCACAUCCAUGAUGUGGAGGUGGACAUGUCGGGAGAUUUGGGGUGGCUGCUGAAUCUCUUCCACAACCAGAUCGAGUCCAAAUUCCAAAAAAUACUGGAGAGCAAGAUUUGCGAAAUGAUCCAGAAAUCGGUGACCUCUGACCUACAACCUUAUCUCCAAACUCUUCCAGUCACAACAGAGAUCGACAUUCUCGCUGACAUUGACUACAGCUUAAUGGAGGCCCCUCGGGCAGCAGCCCAAAUGCUGGACGUGAUGUUGAAGGCUGAAAUUUUUAAUCGUGACCAUCGCUCCCCAGUUCCUUUCCUUGCUCCUGUCAUGAGCCUUCCUGUGGAGCACACCCGCAUGGUCUACUUUGCCAUCUCUGACUAUGUCUUCAACACAGCCAGCCUGGUGUACUACGAGGCAGGGUACUUGAACUUCUCCAUCACAGAUGACAUGGUUCCACUGACCUCCAACAUCCGACUGACCACCCAGUCCUUCCGUGCCUUCAUCCCCCGGAUAACCAAACGCUACCCCAACAUGAAGUUGGAGCUCCAGGGAAGAGUGGUCUCUGCCCCCAUCCUGAACUUCAGCCCUGGGAACCUAUCCUUGGCCCCCCAGAUGGAGAUUGAGGGCUUUGUGCUCCUGCCUAACUCUGCCAAGGAGCUCAUCUUCCAGCUUAGCGUGACCACUAACCUCUCUGCUACACUGAACUUCAAUACCAGCAAGAUCACUGGGAUCCUGAAGCCAGAAAAGGUACAAGUGGAACUGAAAGAAUCUAAAGUUGGACUAUUCAAUGUGGAGCUGUUAGAGGCGCUGCUCAACUACUACACUCUCAAUACCCUCUACUCGGAGAUCAAUGCUAAAUUGGCAUUAGGCUUCCCUCUUCCUCUGCUGAAACGUAUUCAGCUCUACGACCCUGUCCUCCAGAUCCACAAGGACUUCCUGUUCUUAGGCGCCAACGUCCAGUACCUGAGAGGUUGA